CGCUUGCACAGCGGCACUCGACGUCACGCCUGCAUGACGGUCCCUGUCCCGCUCCUCCUCUCCAAGGUCGUCGUCGUCGGCACCGGCCUCCUCCUCGGAGCCUUCUACGUCCACUGGCUCGCAGACCACCCGCUCAUCUGGCAAGGCCCCGCACCACCAGACCACGCCGUCGCCAACGCCCUCCGCUACUACUCGCAGUUCUACCACUCGCCGCCGUACUAUGCCGGCACCCUGACGGCCGUCGCCGUCACCACCAUCCUCGCCACCAUCGUCAAGCUCGUCCUGUCGCCCGUCGAGGGCCUCCUCUUUGACGGCGCAACCCUCACGCUCCUCCUGUCGGCCCUCACCGUCUACACCUCGAACGUGCUCGCCGCGCUGCGCUUCCUCCCGCUCGACGCCCUCCCGCCCUCGUCCUUCUUCCCCUCGGUCGACCCGGCGACCACCCUCGCGCGCGUCAAGGGCGUCGCAGGCGGCAGCCUCGGACCGGUGCGCCUCGUCGAGGCCCUCCAGAGCGUCGCAGCGUCGCACAUGAUCAUUGCCGUCUCGCUCACCGGCGUCCUCGCGAUCCAGGGCGCCCAGGGCUGGGCCGAGCGCCCCUCCUCGACGGCGCACCCGGUACCCGCACCCGCGCCUGCGCCCGAAGCGCGCAAGGUCACGGACACGGCGAGGUACGAGAUGUCGGCCACCGCCACGUCCACAACACCUCUGGGCGACUACCUGGCCCGAUCAGGAGGGUUGUUCCACCCUGCCCUCGUGUCUAAACAAGAUGCGUACGGCACGUCCAUCUUCAACGGGCCCGACGCGCUCAAAGCCGGCGCCGAGAUCGUCAAGUGCCCGUUCGCCCUCGCCCCCAACCACGAGCUCAUGGCCCUGUACCUGUGCCUGCACGUCCUCGACCCGUCGGUCGUCCGCGCCAUCCCCGACCUCGACCUCGCCCACCAGGUCUACGUCGACCACCUCCCGACGAGCGAGUCGAUGCGCACGACCCUGUACUUCUCGCCGGCCGAGCGCGAGCUCCUGCGAGGGAGCAACCUGUACGGCGCGACCGACGAGAGGGAGCAGGGGUGGCGGCAAGAGUGGGACGAGGUGCGCGGGUGGAUCGCAGACGAUGCGGUGCGAGAGGGGCUCAGCUGGGACAAGUGGCUGUGGGCGUGCACCAUCCUGUCAUCCCGGGCCUUUCCGUCGUCGCUCAUCGACGGCGACAAGGCCAACUCGACGCCCGUCCUCUUCCCCGGCAUCGACAUGCUCAACCACCGCCCAACCGCCAAGGUCACCUGGUCGUCGGACGUGCACGCCGAGGUGGCGUCGAGUGACGGCGAGGGCGACAAGGGCAGCUUGACGAUCGUCCUCGACGAGGACGUUCCCGCAGGCGAGCAGGUGUUCAACACGUACGGCGCCAAGUCGAACGAGGAGCUCCUCCUCGGCUACGGCUUCGUCUUGCCCUCGAACCCGGCCGACUUUCACGCGCUCAAGCUCGCCAUCCCGCCCUCGUGCUCGCCCUCGCUGUUCGACCUCGUCGACUCGCUCAAGCUCGACAACCUGCGCCACUUUGUGCCCCGCAGCGGCGAGCUCCCGCCCGAGCUGCUCGCACAGAUGCGCCUCCUCGUCGCGCAGCCGGACGAACUCGACGAGGUCAAGGCGCGCGCCGCCGCUGCCGCAGGCGGAGGGACGCACGCGUGGAACGAGGUCGCCGGGUUCCUGAGCUGGGAGAACGAGCUCGACGUGCUCGCCUCGCUCGAGGGCAUGCUCGAGAGCAAGCUGCACGCGUUGCGGCAGGGCGCGGCGGGCGCGUCGGCCGAGGGGGUCAGGCCCGAGGUCGCGCACAUGGUCGAGGUCUACCGUCAGGGCCAGAUCGACAUCCUCGAGGCGGCGAUACGGUACCGCGAGCAGCUGUUCGAGGCGACGGUCGCCAAGGCGGAGGAGGCAGGCGUCUCGCUCGCGUUCGAGGACGACGAUGAGAUGGAGGACGAAGAGGAAGGAGGCGAGAGCGAGGAGGAAUUCGCAGACGAAUAGGAGACGCGUCGGUUCGAGCUC